AAAAAGAAUAAGAAGUCGAACAUAUAUGAUGACCCUAUUAUAAAAGAAGAGAGAUAAACGUCUUUGACUAUGAUCAAUAAAAACAAAGAUGACAAUCUCUGACUAUGUUUUUACUGUGAUCGUUGUAUUCUCUGUUUUUUGGUAUCUUUGGCUUUACACCAACUACAAACGGCGGUUUCCACCGUUGCCGCCGGGACCUUGGGGCCUUCCCAUCAUCGGAAACCUUCCAUUCCUCCAACCGGAGCUUCACACAUACUUCCAAGGGCUGGCUAAACAGCACGGUCCCAUUUUCAAACUCUGGCUCGGUGCCAAGCUGACAAUUGUGGUCAGCUCUCCUGAAGUAGCGCAAGAGAUUCUCAGAACCAAUGAUACGAUCUUUGCUAACCGUGAUAUCCCUGCUGUGGCUCCGGGCAAUACGUAUGGCGGUUCUGAGAUCCUUUGGUCGCCGUAUGGACCAAAGUGGCGGAUGCUUAGGAAACUAUGUGUUAAUAGGCUACUAAGCAACGCCAUGUUGGAUUCCUCCGUUGAACUCCGUCGUGGAGAGACUCGGCGAACAGUCCGGUACUUAGCAGACCAGGCUCGGCUCGGGAAGCCCAUUAACCUGGGAGAACAGAUAUCAUUAAUGAAUGUAAAUAUUGUGAGACAGAUGCUAUGGGGCACGACGGUCAAGGGAGAAGAGAGGGAGAUUGUUGAAGCCGAGUUCUUAGAAUUGGUUACAGAGAUGAAUGGCCUCUUACUAAAGCCUAAUAUCUCUGACUUUUUUCCGGUAUUGAGCCGGUUUGAUCUUCAGGGUUUGGUUAAGCGUAUGCGAAGACCGGCUCAAAGAAUGGACCGAAUUUUUGACCGGAUCAUUAACCAACGGUUGGGGACGGGCAGUGGCAGUGAUGAGAGAGUUGUGGAUUUUCUAGAUGUCUUGUUAAAAGUCAAGGAUGAAAAAGAUGACAAGACAAAUUUAACAAUGAACGAUGUCAAGGCGUUGCUCAUGGACAUGGUGCUCGGUGGUACAGACACAUCAUUACACGUCAUAGAAUUCGCGAUGGCCGAGCUAUUACACAACCCGGAGAUCAUGAAGAGAGCUCAACAAGAGCUUGACAAAGUAGUAGGCACAGAUAAAGUAGUGGACGAAUCUCACAUCUCUAAACUUCCAUACAUUCUCGCCAUUAUGAAAGAAACUCUAAGGCUUCACACAAUUGCUCCACUCCUUUCUCCCCGCUGCCCUUCACAAACCACUGUGGUUGGUGGCUUCACCAUCCCUAAAGAUUCAAAGAUUUUCAUUAAUGUGUGGGCGAUCCAUAGGAAUCCAAAUAUAUGGGAGGAUCCACUCAAGUUUGAUCCUGACAGGUUUCUUGAUAGGUCUUAUGACUUUAUCGGAAAUGACUUCAGUUAUCUACCGUUCGGGUCUGGUCGUAGGAUGUGUCCGGGGUUGGCUAUGGGCGAGAGGGUUGUUCUUUACAAUCUCGCUACGUUCUUGCAUUCUUUUGAUUGGAUAAUUCCCCAAGCAGAGAGAGUUGGGAUCGAGGAAACGUUUGGGAUCACACUGAAGCUGAAAAAUCGACUUGUUGCCACGCCGGUGCUAAGGUUGUCCGAUCCAAAUCUUUAUCUCUAGUUCAACACAAAGGAGAACUAAAACUUAUACUGCUGGUUUAAAUAUAUGUCUUGUACUAUGGACGCGAAUAAAAUCUCCAUAACUUAAUUUAUAUCACAAAAUUACGGACUACUUGUACAAUUCAAUACGGUAGUAUUAGUAUACAAUGGAUUAUGCAUAUUUGUAA